AUGUUGCUACAACAUGCGCGAUACUGCACCCUCCGAAUACGAACCGUCGCACGCCGAAACCUCUCCGUCCUCCGAUAUAUCCUCUUCGCCUUCGUCGCCUGGACCCUCGUCGAUGCCUUCCUCGUCCACCGUCGUCUAGAUACCGCGAGCCGAGAACAUGGCGCGAAGGGGAAGCUCCGUAAGCCCGUCCGGGUGUACAUCGCGAGCUUGCACUGGAACAACGAGGGCAUCCUCCGCGCGUCUUGGAACAAAGGCGUCCUUGACCUGGUCCAGGCUCUCGGCCCGGAGAAUGUCUUCGUGAGCGUCUUCGAGAGCGGCAGCAGGGACCGCUCCAAAGAUGCCCUCCGCGAUCUCGACAGGGCGCUCGACCUGGUCGGCGCUGGACGCAAUGUCACGCUGGACGAGAGGACGCACGCCGACGAAAUAGCAUCAACGCCCGCGGAGCCUGGGAAUGGCUGGGUCAAGACGGCGCGCGAUCGGAUAGAGCUUCGCAGGAUCCCGUAUCUUGCCCGACUGCGGAAUGCCUCGCUGCAACCUUUGAUCAGGAUGGCAGAACAGGGCACAACGUUUGACUACGUCCUCUUUCUGAAUGACGUUGUCUUCUCGGUGACCGACGUGAUCGCCUUGCUCAACACAAACAAUGGCAACUACGCCGCCGCGUGUUCGCUAGAUUUCAGCAAGCCGCCGCUAUAUUACGACACGUUUGCGCUCAGGGACGUCGAAGGCCAUGAGCAUGCGACGCAGACCUGGCCCUACUUCCGAUCAUCGCAGUCUCGAAGCGCCAUGAAGCGGAGCCAACCUGUUCCGGUCACCAGCUGUUGGAAUGGCAUGGUUUUCAUGCCUGCGGCAGCGUUCACUGGCGAAAAGCCCAUCGCCUUCCGGGGUGUCGACGACACCUUUGCCGAGUCGCAUGUCGAGGGCUCAGAAUGCUGCUUGAUCCACAUCGAUAAUCCAGCGUCAGCAACGAAGGGCGUGUACCUAAAUCCCAAUGUCCGCGUUGGUUAUCACGGCCAAGCCUACAAGCUGGUUCAUCCAAGCGGAUCAUGGAUCACCUACUUCGAUAUCCUGACGGGAUUAUGGAAGAAUAGAUUAGUUAGAUGGUUCACAACACCAUGGUUUAAGGAGUUGGUGAUACGCAGACGGCAGCGCUCCUGGGAAAUGCAACAUCCUGGACGAAAAGAACCCGGAACGGCAUGCUUGAUUAACGAGAUGCAGGUCCUCAUUGCAAACGGAUGGGCUCACGUAUGA